AAACGUGGCUGUCUUUCCGAUAGCAGACGAUUUUGAUCUUAUGUGGUUCGUGAACUGCACGUAUGUACAAAUGUGUCAAACGUAACUGCGUGUUGAUGAUCGCGUUUUUGUUACUCAGAUUGCAAUAAACUAAAAAUGCGACUUGGAACACCAAUACCAAAUUUCACAGCGGAUACUACGACUGGAAAAAUAAAGUUCUACGAAUGGGCUGGCACAUCAUGGGUCAUGCUGUUUUCACACCCUGCAGACUUUACUCCGGUCUGCACAACAGAGUUAGGACACAUCGCGGGAAAAGCUCAAGAGUUUUUUCGGCGUGGCGUUAUGUUAUUAGGCCACUCGUCUGACUCUGUAGCUCGACAUCGUGCCUGGAUCGAGGACAUUCGAUCGCAGUAUAACAUAACAGGACAAUUUCCAUACCCAGUAAUCGGUGAUGAGUCGAGAAUCAUUGCCGAACAGCUAGAUAUGACCGAUAUGAGAGACCCAGAGUCUAGGGGAGUACGAGUAGUCUACAUAAUUGGACCAGACAAAACUCUCAGACUUUCGAUGCUCUACCCUGAAUCAACUGGAAGAAAUGUGGAUGAAGUGCUCCGCGUUAUUGAUUCCUUACAACUUGCCAAUACAACACCCGUUGUGACGCCAGUAGAUUGGAGGGUAAAAAUUAUUCCGACUCGAUCAGUUUAUUGUAACUUUGAGCUCUUCUCGAAAUGCCAACUAAUCUGUCGCAGAUGGGGGAAGAUGUAUUGCUUCAACCCGACGUUCUUCCCAUUGACGAAGCACGUUUGUUUCCUCGAGGUGUACGCCGUAUUAAUCUUCCCAGUGGAUUAGCUUAUGUGAGAUACACGUCGGACUACCCAAUGCCUCAUGAAUGCUGGGAAUGAAACCCUGGUUAAAACUUCAAAUAUUUCCAAAGUGCCUUUAGAAUUGAUUUAUAGAAAUCAAUGAACAAACUUGUUCAAUUGCUCAAUUAUUUUUCUAAUCAUUGUGACUAGAAUAUGAAUACUGCCUCAAAAUUCAAUUUAUAGAUAGAUAUAAAUAGAACUGUAAAAUAUAUUUAUUAAAUCUAUUGACAAACAUC